AAUAAGUGGGUAACAAAUGUGAGGGUGUCAUUUAAAUGCUUGUUGUGUAUGAUAGUAAUGAUUCACAGACUUAACUUUCACAGAUAAUUUCCGUUUUUAUAAGAUCAUGACGUAUCUCAGUAUUUGCAUUGGCCCUCAUAAACAGCUGUUGGUGGAUGGGUGGUGAAGAUGAUCAUGGCGAGCGGUGUGGGCAGGUUGUGUUUUGCUCAAAAGACUGUUCUGGCCCCUAUGGUGCGGGUGGGCUCUCUGCCCAUGAGGCUGCUGGCUCUGGACUACGGUGCAGAUAUUGUGUACUGUGAGGAGCUGAUUGACAUCAAAAUGGCCCAGUGUGAGAGAGUGGUAAACGAUGUUUUGGAGACGGCUGAUUUUGUUGCAGAUGAGUGUGUGAUGUUUCAUACCUGCAGUAAAGAGAAGGGCCAUGUGGUCUUUCAGAUGGGAACGGCCGAUCCAGAGAGAGCGCUGGCUGUGGCUAAACUUGUGUGAGUUGGAUGUUCUUAUUUGUGUUAGUAUCAUAUAUUCAUGUGACCUGGCUUACUUUUAGUUGGGGUUUAAA